AGAAGGUCUACUGGUGCCAAACAGCCCUCCCAUGAAGAGGCCAGCUUCUAAGACACCAGAGCAGUGUGCCCCUAUGAGACUCCGAAUUCUGAGGAAUGGAGAUAAGAAAAACAGCAAAUCCCUCGUUAUGGGCCCAGACAUCUUACCAGGAUGGAAAUCACAAACUGUUAAUGCUGAAAGGAAGGAGAAAAGCCAUGCUGCAAACUAUUCUGAAACAGAAAGAAACCAGAUUGAAUUUCACCACCUUUUGGAGAGAUGCACUGAAAUUUUAAAUUUACCUUCUGCUGCUCGGAGACUUUUCAAUGAAAAGGGGAGGGAAAUUUUUUCCCUGAAUGACCUACAGAGAGAUGAACAGGUAUAUGUUUCAUGUGGAGAACACUGGAUUAACCCUGACCUCUCCAUUGCUCAACAAAGGAAGCAAGUCUUCCUCAGGAGCCUUGAGCUUGAUGUUUCCAAGAUUAAAACCUUUUGCAGCAUGCGCAAGGUGGAAGCUCUUGUUUUAGAAGUUCAAGGUGACCUUGUGUCUGGGGGCAAGCUUGCUGUGAAUAAACCUGUAGUCAUUCUUGAAGAAGAGAAGCAAGUGAAAGGACCAGAGGGAACUCAGAUGCAAAAUGCUGCUUUAAUACCAGGAAAUGCUUCCAGAGACACUCUAGAUUCACAUGCGAGAGCCCAUCUCCGCAUGGAAGCCUGUUGCCGGAUGCUUAAGUAUGCUUGGCAAGACCCAUCAUACAACCUUAAAGAUGAUGGCAGCCUUCCCAAGAAAAUGGAAAUAGAGCCCUUUGAAAAUGUGCAGCCCCAGAAGAAACACAGCCAUUUCCCAAAGCAUAGUAAAUUGAAGAAGCUAUGUCGUCAGGAGUUUGAAUAUAGAGACGGGCAAAUCAUCAGCCUAGGUGCUCCUCAGCUGGUUCUGGGUGUACAAGGCUCAAAACUCCGGUCAGGCACAGAGGUAGUUUUGAUGGAGAAGAAAUCCAAUGACGGUCACCAACACUGGACACACAAGGAAGAAAGCAGGACUAUUCACCUAGUGAGUAACCCCAACCUUGUGCUGGCAGUGUCUAUGACCAAGGCUCAAAAUGAAGCCCAUGGCUAUCCAGUUAUCAUUCAGAAGUAUAAGCCAUAUGGCAAUGGGGCUGCCAAUCAAAAGUGGCAUUACAUGGAAAAUACGAGAACAUUUAUAGCCUUUCACAGCACUGCCCUGGAUAAGGAAGUCACAGCAGCGAAUUCCUCUGGCCUUUGUACAUCAUCUGUCACUAAAGAAAACAUUGAUCAACCUGGAUACUGUUACCUCUCACCUGAUGGAAAGAAAAAAAUGAUGCUCUGCCUGGCUUGCGGACAGUCCAUGAGGGCAGGGAAGGGGCUGAAACAGCUGCUUCCCGGCGUUCCAUUCUUCUGUGUUUCAGGGUCUGAGCAGAAGUCCUUGGCACGGAGGCCUUUCAAGGUCAUCAGCAUUGCCAAGGCUGAUUUAUCUUCUUAUGAAGCUGAAAACACUCUAAAGCAUUAUGAAGAACGUCUGUCAUCUUUAUGGAUGAAGACACACGCAUGCACCACUUCUCACAGUGGUGUGGUAGCUUCCUACCACACCUACCAAAAGGCAGUGAAAAUAAUCGCAUACAAAAAUGGGGAUGGAUAUCGGAAUGGGAAGUUAAUUGUGGCUGGAACCUUCCAUGGGCUUCUUGCAGAAUGCACAGAACGACUUGGACUCGCUAGAGCAGCCUCUAAAGUCUACACCAGAGAUGGAAGCAACAUCCUCACUUUGCAUGGCUUGAUUCUGUGGGCUGUAGGUGAGACCCUUAGCCAGAGAGACCCCAAGGAGCAAGAGAGCAGCCCAGAUUCUGUUGGGACAGAAGAGACAGCUGUUCAAAAUGCAGAAGAAAACUCAAGAAUGAAAAUGGAAAACAGAUUGGAUUGUUUGGAGGGCAUAGAUAAAUCUUUGCUUGCUCAGAUCCUCAAAAGUCCUAUUGCCAUUUGGGUGUCUUGUGGUGAACCAUUUCUGCCCCUAAAUGCUCCACAGAAAUCAGAAAAAUUAAAGAAACAAAACUGGCUGAAAAGGAAUCAAAUUUUGGCUGAUUUAGACACCAUGAGACACAAGAUGCGGCAGUUGAAAGGGCGGCGAGUAGCAGCAUGUCAACCAGCCACCAUGGUUCCCACCCAAAGCCCUCUGCAGCCAGUGGUGGUCGAAGGAGGCUGGACUGAGCAGACUCAGGAGGAAAUGCAGCUCAUGGAACUUAUAAGACAGACAGAGGCACAACUUUCGGAAGGCCAAGAACUGCAGUCCAGACGCUCUCUGAUUGCAACUCCAUGUAAAGUAACCCAGCAGCAGCAAGGCCUGUACCAGGCUCCCCAAGUGAAACGAGUGUGGGCUUACCAGAAUGGAGGCAGACCUGACGAUGGCACUUAUGCCUGGGCCAGCACCAUUUCAGAGUUGCUGGAUGACUGCACUGCUCGUCUGAAAAUGUCCCACCCGGCCAAAGCCCUGUUCACCUCAAAUGGGGAGCUCAUUCAGUCAUGGGACACCAUAGAGAGGGAUAUGACUGUUUGUGUGUCUUCAGGACAUGGCUUUAUGACUUCAAAAGAAAAAAAGCAACUGAUGGAAGUCAAAGCAAAUUAUGCCAGAAUCCGAAGGCAGCAGGGCCCUGAAGCAACAGACAUUGUUCUGUCACCCUCCAUGAAGUUGCUAUCUCUCAUGCAGCUACACAAAUAAUUUCAGCUGGAACUUCAUAUCUUGUGCUGUAUUUUAUGGAUAUAGCUAUGUGUACAGUCGAAUAUGCUGGUUAUGGCAUGAUAAUUCUUUAUCCCUUUCAACUUGUACACAGUCUCUCUUUUAGUCCCAACCCCAGCAUUGAGAUUUGAACCUAGUUGUUGAACAUACACUUGAGCAGCGUGCUGCUGAGCUAUGCCUCCAGCUCCCUCAAACAGUCUCUUUUAAAGGUUGUUAGUGUCCACAUUUUAUGUGAAGUAGCAUUGGAUGCCUGAAGUCUGUUCCUGGAAAGGCAACAAAACCAGACAAAUAAUGCAAGUACGAUGACCAUCUUAGGUGAACUUUCUUCCAGAAAAUAAAAGCACAACUCCUAGUUAUUGAAAAGUAAUUUAGAAGGAUCAAGGGACAUACAUAUGUGUAUGUUUGUUGUGUAUGUAUAUAGAUAGGAAAUUGAUAAUAAAAAUGACUC